AUGCAGGCGGUCCCGUUCCAACCUUCCUCCCAUCAGAUCAGCGAGAUGCGUCUGCCGACUUUGCAGGAAUUACGGGAGAGAAAUCCGCCCACUGUGCAUCCGGACACCGCUUGGAUAUGGGGUCCAGAAGAUGAGGUCGGUCGCCUGAAUCUUUUGACAGAUCCACGAAUCAAAGAAACAGCAUCGAAGGAAAUCACCACCGGUACGGUAGUAUCGUUGAACUGGGACAUCCACCUGCCAGAAUUUCCCGCUUUUGGUCGACCCCCGUGCCAAACCAGAUUAUUGCCGAAUGCCUCGAGCGAUCUAGUUUUUGACGAUACCCUGUCAAUGAAUACCCAAUCCGGGAGUCAGUGGGAUGGUUUCCGGCACUUCGGGCACAUGACUAAAAACGUCUUUUACAACGGUCUCUUGCGUGCUGACGUUUUAGUGGGCGAGCGUUGUGGAAUCCAUGCAAUUGCAAACCAUGGUAUUGUCGGCAGGGGCGUUCUUUUGGAUUAUUACCGCUAUGCAUAUGAGACUGGGAAAGUCUAUGACCCCUUUUCUAGCCAUGCGAUAUCCCUCCAGGAGCUUUUGGCAUGUGCCGAAUUCCAAGGUACAGAGCUCCAGAUAGGAGAUAUCCUGCUCAUCCGCAGCGGCUAUACAGCGAGAUAUUAUGAGCUAAAGCACACAGACCCUCGUCGACUCAAAGAGGCUGGCUGCUUGGAGCCGCAAUUUGUCGGAGUGGAGCAAUCGGAGGAGAUGAAAACAUGGUUACACGACUCCUACUUUGCGGCAGUUGCUGGUGAUGCCCCGGCGUUCGAAGUCUGGCCCCCGAAGAAGGAUUAUCAUAUGCAUGAAUACUUAUUGGCCUUAUGGGGAAUGAUAGUUGGCGAAAUGUUUGAUCUUGAGAGCCUCUCGGAGAUUUGCAACAAAAGAAGAAAACAUACCUUCUUCUUCACAAGUGCACCGAUCAACCAUAGAGGCGGAGUAGCAAGUUUGGCUAACGCCCUCGCCAUUCUAUAA